GGUUUUCCAGGGGGGACAGUGGAAGCGAACGCUGUUAUGAAACUGAAUCAGACAAACUUGAUUUAUUUCUUUCAAAACACAAGUUUAGUUCAUGCCCCUCUGUUCAGCCAAUCAGAUUGUGUCCUGCUCUGGACUGAUCACGCCUUCCUAACUUUUAAUAUGGAAGCGUAAAGCUCCUGGUGGCGCCUCCCUGUGGAGAGGAGUGUGCAAUGCAGCAGCUCUGUCUCCUGCUCCGCCUGCAGCUCUCUCUUCAGCAGCGGUCUAUACCUCUGUAUAUACCUCUGUGUUCACGUGCUUCUCCACCUGCAGCUCUGUCUUCACUUCCACCUUCAGCUCGGUCUUCAAACAAACAGUGGAUUUCAGACUCUUCUCCAGUGAACACGAGGUAAGUCUACUACCUACUUGGUUUGGGAAGAUGGUUCACUAGUGGAGGAAAAGCUGAACUGAACAAAAGUGAAACAGGAGCAGAGAUCCUCAGUGGUCUUGUUUUAGAAAGGAGGUUCACUCUGCUCAAAAUCUGAGAAAUAGAAGGAUUUGUUUGUUUAUCCCUGAAGUGAUAUCUUUGUGUUUGUUGAUGUCUGGAUUCUUUAUUGUUGUUAUAUAUCAUUCAGACUUUUUCUUUCAUCAAUACUUUAUAUUGUAUAUCCGCUUGUUUGCAGUGAGAAACAUCUGUUAAUUCAACAUGAGAAGUUUCUCUGUGGUUGAAGUUGAUUCAACAUUAAAAUUAACGUUUCUACAGCACCACAGUUUGCAUGUUGAAAAACAAGCCACUAAAUCUCAUGGGUAUUGUUUCACAUUGAAUUAACAUGCAAUACAGAUUGUGUGAGUAGGCUGACAACUGUCAGUGUUAAAUGUGUCCAUCAGCUCUCAGCAGCCUUUGGGAAAAAAGCUAAGUUUUUAUAUUUUUGCUGUGGAAACACAAAUUGGGUAAAACAGGUAAAUAUGAAUACUUAAAUGACAAUAAAUAGUUUUCUUCUUCUUAUAAUAUUAUUAUAUUAUUAUAAUUUUGGCAUAUCAUUUUCUUAUCACCUUAUCUCUAUUAAUGAUGAUUAAUAAUUCUGAUCUUAUUUAUAUUUUAUAUGUAACAUAUCAGAUGAUUUUAUUCACUCGUGUGUUCAUCGUACACUUUUAGCUCCUUUCUCCUGAUUUCCAUCACUCUGUGCUGAACAGGGUUAAAGGAUCGGCGCGCCUCUCUUCUCGUCUUUACGGUAGUGCCACUCCUCCAAUCCCGCAGCACCUGCUCGUGCCCGAGGUCGCAUCUUGUUGCCAGAACUCCGGUGACGUGCACACGCUGGAUCGCUUUGUUAUUCAUUCUCGCCCUGCGUCCUUUUCCUUUUUGUUAUCGCGCUUGUUUCGGCCGCGCAUCGCCCCGAGCCGUGGACCCGGCGUUCGGCCCAUCGCGUGUGGAGGAUGUUCAGUUGCGCAUCGUCGGAGACUCACGGAUCCAUCAGCUGCUCUGAGCUUUAAGGAUAAGAUUCUUAUUUAAUUACGUAACCAGGCGACUCCUGACGUCUCCCCGGUACGUUUGCUCUCAUUCAAGCCUCUCGGUGUUUUCUGUCGCAGUCAGAUCAUUCCCGUCCGCGUUCAUGCCAGAUCUGCAGCGCUUCAGUUUUCCAUACCAUAGCAUGAAUCCUUUGUUGGGGGGCAACGCGCAUCUCCAACAACACCCGCCCCAGAUCCAGUCGCCUGGACACCCGGAUUCUCCCUCAGGCCUCCUGCCCGACUCCGUCUUCGGACCCGGAGCGUCUUUCCUGCUGGGUGAGCAGGCGGGUCCGGGCCUCGAUCAGCCGGGCCCUGACUUCACCGCGCCCUCACAGACCUCCCCUUACCUCCACCACAACCUCAGCAGCCUCUACCAGCACCGCGCUGCGCCGCACCCCCCCGCAGCCAUGGCCCUCAGAAACGACCUGGGCUCCAACAUCAGCGUCCUCAAGACCCUCAACCUGAGGUUCCGGUGCUUCCUGGCCAAGGUGCACGAGUUGGAGCGCAGGAACAAGAUCUUGGAGAAGCAGCUGCAACAGGCGCUGGAUGGCAACAAGGGCUGUCAGGGGGGAUGCUGUGAGAGCAGGGGGCACACCCAGGAGGCCGGUGUGCAGACUGGAUUUGUUGGUACCCUGCCGCUCAGGCCUGGUUCCCUCCCCUUCCACAACACCAACAACUCGGCCAGGAGGCCCACAACACUGUUCUCGCCACCUCCCGCAUCAGCCGCUGAAAGCACCAGUUCAACCCAGACAAACACCAGUAACCCGGUCAUCACCAUCAGCAAGUCCUCCCCCUGUGUGGACUCCCCUGGCUACAGCUCCAGGGGCGUCCCAGGCCCGGGCAGCUCCGUCAACCCCCCUCCACGGUUCCUUCCUGGCACCAUCUGGUCCUACAACCACCCUCGCAAGUUUGGCCCCGUUGCCGAGCGUGUGACCAGCCCUGGGGUGUCCUGGGUGCAACCGGACGGAGUCGGGGUCCAGAUCGACACCAUCACCCCUGAGAUAAGGGCCCUGUAUAACGUCCUGGCCAAGGUGAAGCGGGAGAGAGACGAGUACAAGCGCAGAUGGGAGGAAGAAUACACCAUGAGGAUGGAUCUGCAGCAGAAGAUUGCCGACCUUCAAGAGGACCUGCAGGAGAGUGAAGGCUGCCAGGAUGAACUGGCUCUCAGAGUUCAGCAGCUGAAGGCAGAGCUGGUUCUCUUCAAAGGUCUCAUGAGCAAUAACCUGUCCGACCUGGACAGUAAGAUCCAGGAGAAAGCCAUGAAGGUGGACAUGGACAUCUGCCGCAGGAUCGAUAUCACCGCUCGUCUCUGUGACGUAGCUCAGCAGAGGAACUGUGAAGAUGUGAUCCAGAUGUACCAGGUUCCCAACAGCCAAUCGGCCUUAAACUUCCGCCGGAAACACACGCCUCUGUCGUUUAACGGGAGCGAGUGCGAGGAACCCGCGAGCGCCAACGAUACCGAGGGGGGCGUGGUCAAAGACGAGGAGCAUUGUGGCUCAUCGGCCAAUCAGAUCAACGAGGAGAUGCAGAGGAUGCUGAACCAGCUGCGUGAAUGUGAGUUUGAGGAUGACUGUGACAGUCUGGCCUGGGAGGAGACUGAGGAGACGCUGCUUCUUUGGGAGGACUUCCCAGGGUGCACUCUGCCUCCUGACCCCGCCCACCCACCAGGAGAGCAGGAGGACACUCUGGAAAAGGUGAUUAACGACACAGAAUGUCUGUUUAAGACGCGAGAGAAGGAAUACCAAGAGACAAUCGACCAGAUUGAGCUGGAGCUGGCCACGGCAAAGAGCGACAUGAACCGUCACCUGCAUGAGUACAUGGACAUGUGCUCGAUGAAGAGAGGCCUGGACGUUCAGAUGGAGACAUGCAGGAGACUCAUCACACAGAGUGGAGACAGUAGCCCUGUGGCUCCUGUGUCCUCUGACGAGAGCGACCACAGGGAGAGCGACAAGUCUUCAGCGUCGUCUUCCUCGAGCGCCGGGAGAUCCUGACCCCUCCUCGCCCCGGCAGCACCGGAACAUGUGGUCGGGUUGCCCUCCACCGCAACCGGCUAUACAGUACCCCACCCAUCGCAAUGUAAACCUGUAACUAUGGCGGCACCGUGUUUACGCGUCAACCUCCUCACUCACUGAGUCAUAUCAUUUCUUCUUGUGCAAAAUCCAGUUUUGGUCUGAGGCGAUCGAAAGUGCUUGAGCAGCAAAGCUGGAUGACGCUUGAAGAUGAGUUUACUGUAAGUCGAAGGGCUGACGUCGCUCUGAGGCAGCGAGGAAGCGCCGAGCUGCAGAAGAGCGUAGCAUGACACACCGCACUCGCCGACAAACACGUGCUAGCCUGGGAAUCUCACCGUAACCAUACACAUUUUAAUAACCGCUUAUUGUAAAAAAAAAACUCAGUCCCGUGAUAAACACACCUCCAACAAACCAAUAAAAACAACAGGAAGCAGGUUUAAGUGGAAAGAGUGCAGUGGUGCUACUUUGCCCUGGCAUCGAUACACGAAACAGCAUAAUGAUGAGCAUCUAAUCGAUAAUCGAUCAUAAUGAGCUUGGUACGAUGUCAUGAUUCAGCAUUUUACUGCCUUAAAGCCGCAGAUCCAGCUUUGCGUCUGCGUCAUGUCAAGUUUAAAACCGUGAGCAAAGUCGGGCUAAAGCGAAAUAACUCAUAAUAUAUGUGCUUUAUCCGGCAAAUGAUUCUGAAAAGUGGAAAAACCAGUAGCUGUGUGUAAAGUGGAGCAGCAGGAAGAGGUCUGUGCACGCCAACACGCCUUGUUGCUUUUUAUCUGCGGAUGAAUCGUUUCCGCUACAGUUCAAGUGAAUUCAAUGUCACCGGCAGGAAGCACCAGCAUUGUUUUACGUUUUCAGGCUGAAGAAGAGGAAACCACACCAACAUUGCAGCGCUCACACACAGACAUGUGGAUCCUGGAAUCAGUAGUUUCUCACUGGGAAUUGUUGAAAGUGAAUUCUAAGCGUGAACAAAGCGGAGCCAAAUGAUGCGUUUGUCUGCAAACAUGGAAAAUACUGUGUGAAAUGCAUUGAACACCACGGAUGAGUUGUUUGUGUUUUCUGUAAAUGCUGCUUCACGAGAAACCCAGAAGUAGCAGACCAGGAUCUCAUCUCUUGAUUUCCGUUGUAAAUGUAGCUGAGGAGUGAAACACAGCUGAGGCAGUCAGUCCAGUGCAUUAACGCCCAAGUGUCACAUAUAGGAGAUGUUGAAAAUAAGUUUUAUUUUACGCUUCAAUAAGAGAGAAGGCCCAACGAGCUGCAUGGUGAACCAAUGUAAGGGAAACGUAAGAACAAAAAGAUGGUCAUGAAAUAAUGUCGGUUAGCCGGUGAGUGCCAAAAUAAAGUGAACUCGUCAUACUUUGAAUCAACAGGAAUUAAAAAAAACAAACCGAAUGACUAGCUGCCGAAGCUGUAACACCAAGGUGCUUGAUGUAUAUAACUAAACCUAUUUUUGAGCCUAUAAACGAUUGCACAUAGAAAGGAAGCAGAAAUGUCCUCUAUGAAACAAGCCGCACUAUAACUUGUAAAACAUGUAACAAAAAAAAAAUGUCAAGACGCUGGAAAUAGAAAAGUGUGAUACUAGAAUAAUAAAUGAACACAUACCUCGUUUAGACUUUAUUUAAAUAGGUUUUCUCUGCACAUUGAAACAUGAGAUUGAACUUGCACACAUUCACGCUGCUUCAGUAAAACAUGUGUGAAGAUAUACCGCUGGAAAUAGUCACUGUCGGGGAGGGGGGGGGGUGAAACAGCCCCCCCACCAAUCAAUCAUCACAGAUCUAUUAUCAGAUAUGGUUUCCUAUGUGUGGUUGAAUGUUUUCUUUUCUCCUUCUACUACAACUCACACUUCACCACUUUGCUACAGUAAAAAAAAAAAAAGUGUGAAGUUUAUUUAGACUCAUGCAUGUGUGGCUGGUGGAAUCAGCUGACGGCUGUUUGAACCAGCAGGAUAUCACAGACAUGAAACACACACACACACACACACACACACACACACACACACACGUUUCCUUCUGUAUAGUUUAACUUCCAUGCACAGAGUGAGUCUCUACGUAUGCAUGUGCCCGUGUGUAUGUUUAUGAGUGUUUUACCUGUACAGUGAGUGUUUUUAAAGAAAAAGGCUUUAAACUGGCAAAUCUGCAACAUGAAGAAGUAGGAAACAUAACGAGUAUAAUUCGAUGUCAUCACUGUGUUUAGCAGUUUAACUUUAGGAAGUGAAAUUCUGAGACCGAGUCGUCUUGUGAUUAUAAUCACCCACGAGAAAAUGUAUAUAUUAAAAUCAAAUGUCAAUGGAGUUUUUUUUCCAUAGCUACUCUUCCUGUAUGAGUGUAUGUGGUUGCCGAGUAAAGUCUAUUUAAAAAUAACUCAAGUUUAAGAAAUGAACUACUUAUAUGCAAAUGCUUUAGCGAGAUGACUGUACGAUGGCUUUGAUAACCAUGUAAAGGAAAUACAGCUUAGAAUAUAUACUUGUGUUUAAAGUCUGCAAAGAAAUGUCCACUACAGUACGCCUGUCUAAUUGGCUCCUCGAUGGAAUUCAAGGCAGUUAGAGUGUUUUUCAAAGUCACCUCUUCCGUGGAAGCCUCAAAUCGUUUUGAUCAUAUUCGGCGUCACACCACAAUUUGAUGACAAUCCUGGACUCUGAUUGGCUGCUCCAGACGUGCGACUUUGCAAUCUCUAAAAAUCAAGACAAAGCGAUUUUUGGCUACAGAGCUUCACUGCAGAGCGACAGUAUGUAACGUGUGGAGAGAGACUGAAAGAAUAAAAGAUGCAUCUGAGCAAAGAG